AUGGUGGCUCUGGCCACGGCGCUGAGCUGGCUGAUGGACCACCCAGAGGAGGACCCGGGCGACCCGCCGCCGCCGCCGUCCAGGCCGCCGAGCUGUCAGGCGAUCCGCUGCGCCGGCACCCAGGUGUGUGUGCUGCAGGAGGUGGUGUGCGCCACCCAGCACUGCUAUCCGGUGCCGGUCUGCAUCGACGACCCGUGCGCGCUGGCCCUCUGCGGCCAGCCGGGCACGCGCUGUGUGACCCAGCGGCGGCCGGACGCGCAGCCCGCCUGCACGCCCUUCCCCGGCUGCCAGUUCACCUCGGCCUGCGUGCCGAGGGCCCGGCCGAAGCCCGGCUUCUGUCCGGCGGCCAGCCUGGUGCCGGCCGACAGCGUGAAGCCGUGCACCUACGACAACGACUGUCCGUCGAGCCUGCUCUGCUGCCGCGGCGCCUCCGGCAGCAGCAGCUGCACGGCGCCCGCGUUCCCGAACCCCUGCGACAGCGUGACCUGCGGCCCAGCCGGCCCGACCUGCCGCGUGGUCGACGGAGUGGCGGGGUGUCUGGACCGGGUCUGCAGCCCGGGACCCGACUCCUACUUCUGCCAGAACAACACGCAGACGUUCUGCUCUCAGAGCGCCGCAAUCAUCCGCACUGACCUUCCCUGCUAA